AUGAUAGUUCAAGAAAAUUCUGUUGACCAGGUACCUGGAGUUGAUGCAUCCCUUCUCUCAUCUUACAAUGAUAGGAUUCGACCGCUCUUGGAUGCCAUCGACAAGCUUCGAGAUCUUAAUGUUAUGCAAGAAGGGAUUCAGCUCCCUACUAUUGUUGUUGUUGGUGACCAGUCUUCUGGCAAGUCCAGUGUCCUGGAAUCUCUUGCUGUUGCUGGUAUCAGCUUGCCUCGCGGCGAUGGAAUUUGUACCAGGGUCCCCCUUGUCAUCAGGCUGCAGAAUCAUGCACAAUCUGACUCAAGUCUUCAGUUGGAGUAUCUUACAAAAGUAGUUCCUACAGAUGAGUUAAGUGUAGCGAAAGCGAUUAACAUGGCCACCGAUGAGAUUGCUGGCAAUGGAAAAGGGAUUUCUCAUACUCCUUUGACACUUGUGGUGAAGAAAAAUGGUGUCCCUGAUCUCACUAUGAUUGAUUUGCCUGGUAUUACCAGGGUUCCGGUUCACGGGCAGCCUGAGGAUAUCUAUGAGCAAAUUUCUGAAAUGAUAAUGGAAUUUGUAAAGCCUGAGGAGAGUAUAAUUCUCAAUGUUCUUUCUGCAACUGUCGACUUUCCCACCUGUGAGUCUAUCAGAAUGUCACAGCUUGUGGACAAAACAGGAGAGAGGACUCUGGCAGUUGUUAUGAAAUCAGAUAAGGCUCCUGAUGGAUUGCAUGAGAAGGUGAUGGCAGAUGAUGUGAAGAUAGGCCUUGGCUAUGUAUGUGUGAGGAAUCGGAUUGGUGAUGAGUCUUAUGAAGAAGCGAGGAUGAAAGAAACUAAACUUUUUCAGGCUCAUCCGCUCCUGAAAAAGAUUGACAAGUCGAUGGUUAGUGUUCCUGUUCUGGCAAAAAGACUUGUGGAAAUUCAAGCUAAUAUUAUUUCUAAAUGUUUGCCGGAUAUUGUGAAGAAAAUCAAUGUAAAGCUGAAUGCAAAUGUUUCUGAGCUCAAUAAUCUGCCUCGAAAACUGUCUACUAUUGCAGAGGCAAUAGCUAUUUUCAUGAGGAUUGUGGGCUUUUCCAGAGAGUCUUUGAAAAAACUUCUUGUGAGGGGUGAGUUUGAUGAAUACCCUGAUGAUAAAAGUAUGCAUUGUACUGCUCGUUUAGCUGAAAUGCUUGACAAGUUCUCAGAAGAAAUUAAAAGCAGUUCUGAUAAUGGCUCUUCAGAGAAGUUCUUGAUUGAUGAAAUUGAGGUGCUAAAGGAGACUAAAGCAAUUGCGCUGCCUAAUUUUCUUCCUCGUUCAGCUUUUCAUGCUCUGCUACAGCUAAAGAUAAAAGCAAUUUCAGAAAUGGCUGCAGACUUUAUUGCAGAAGUAUGGGACUACGUUGAAACUGUGGUGAUUGGUGUCGUUGAGCAGCAUUGUGAGAAAUAUCCACAGUUUCAGUCUCAUAUGACAAGAGCAGCGCACAAUUUGAUUUCUAGUGUCAAAGAGAAGUCCACUGAACGAGUUUUAGAGGUCGUGGAAAUGGAGAAGAUGGGAGGCUAUACGAGUGAUCCUCAGUAUCUGACAGAGUGGAAGAAUCUUAUGAGUUGCAGUGGUAAUUUUAAUCAGAAUUACACAGUGAUUAAUCUUGGACAUUUUGGGAGCAUUGAUGUUACUCAUUUGUGGAGUUAUCCUGCUGGUAUAAGACACGAUGCAUUUGACCUGAAGUGCAGAAUGACUGCUUACUGGAAGAUUGUUCUGAAACGGAUGGUCGAUUGCAUUGCUCUUCAGUUGAUGUUGUCUAUACAGAGGUUUGCAAACGGUAAAAUGGAAUCAGAAGUCGUUAAUGAAGUCAUGGAUACGAAAGAGGGUGGCAUUGAACGCGUGCUCAUUGAAAUGCCUUCGGUUGCUGGGAAGAGGGAAAGGUUGAACAAGAGUAUUAGCUUACUCAAGGAAUCAAGGAUCGUUCUUGCUAAGAUCAUGGACAUGGCUGAUGCUUAGUUCUGGUUCUUUAUUGGAAGUUUAGAAGCUCAUUAUGUGUUUUAAAACUCUAUUGUCUUAAAAUUUGGUACUCAUCUUUUGUCUGAUUGUCACUAAGACAUGCUCUAAGAUAUUGUGUUAUGUACUACUUCUUAUCUAUGUUCAU